GUUUAACAAUGACUUUCAAAUUUAUUUUUAAAAGAAUUAGAAAUUUAUAGGCUUAAUUUCUAAUAUCUUUAGGUUUGAUCAAUUUGUACAGAAGCUGGAGUUGUUUCCUAGAGAGAGCGAACCAACAAAGCAAAGCCUUAAACUCUUUGGGAAGAUAGUUUUGGUAUCUGCUGAUUCAGACAUGUCCUCUUCUCUAACAACUUCAACAGCUUAUUGCAAGUCACCGAUGCAGCCAUUACCACAGAAACUCUCCAUGAUAACAAACCCACAAGAAGAACUCUUGAGCUGUUGGAUACAAGCCCCUCCUAAGCAAGAAGUGAUGGAAAAUAGAUGCUUAGUUUCAGAAAAGGCCUUCCAAAAUGAAGGAUCAUCGACUGGAUCAAACACCGGUUCGGUGGAUGAUACAGGGCACACGGAUAAGAGCUCAGAACCCGAGAGAAUGGUAUGUCAAUGGGAGUUUAAACCUAGCGAGAGGUCUGCAUUUUCUGAGCUCAGAAGAGCAGCCUCUGAGUCAAGUUCAAGAGGAUUUGGUCCUUGCAAGAACAGAAAGAUGGUUAUAGAAGCAGAACAAGAAGAGAUUCGCCUCUCCUUGUAACCAG